GAAGAUCCUCAAUCCAGUACGACAUGUACCAUAACCGACAUCACGAAUCUAGAAACGCCAGUAAGGAUGAACACCUUAUUAAAUUCGAAAUCGAUCAAAGCACCUAAGCUUUUGAUGAAGAAGCAAGGGCAUCAAGAAUUGAAGGAUCCGAAAGAAAAGUAUGAAGUUGAAUUGUUUCGAUUGAAUCUAAAAGAAAUCUAUUUGAACGAACGAUUUCGAAAGUUUAAUGGAGUGAUGAAAACCAAACCGAUUGGGAUGGAUCGAUAUUUUUGUAAGUAUUGGUGGUUUGAUGGGAUAGGUGGUAAUUCGAAUUGCGUGGGACAAUUGUUUGUUUCAGGUCCUAGUAUAGAUGAAAUGGAUUGGGUUUUAAAUAAACUUCAUCAUCAUCGGUUUCAUCAUCAUCAUCAUUAUUGUCAAUCUGAUGAAAAUGGAAAUGAAAAACAAAUUGGAAUCGGACUUGGGGUUGGGGGAUGGGCAGUUUAUGAUACUGAAGUACAAAUUCAAGGUUUGUUGAAUUGGUUGAAUCCUAAGGGAAAUCGAGAAUCGGUUUUAAGAAUGAAUUUAAAAGAUUGGAAAGAAUAUAUUUUUGAAAAGAUUAAAAGUAGAUGUGAUGAAUCAAAUGAUCAAAAGCAUGAAGGUAAUGAUGGUAAGAAUGGAGAAGAUCAUGAAGAUCGUAUGGAAAUUCAAACUGAUUCUUCAUUAAGUUCACAAGAAGAUGAACCAGAAGAACCAGAAGAAGAAGAAAUCGAAUAUAAUCAAAGUAGUAGUGACGAUGGUGAUGAUCAAAGUAGUGAGAGUGAAAGUGAUAGUAGUAGUGAGAGUGAUGAUUAACGAUCUAUAGGUUUCUUUCAUGUUUCAUUGAUUUUGAUUUUUCUGGGAAACUUGUGCAAGAUUUUUUUAUGGAUUUCUCUUACUCAGUUCAAUUUGGAUUUCUUUUCUUUUCUUUUUUAGGAUUGGGUUUAAAUAUUUUUAGGAUUUUUUUUUAUUGAUUGAAAAAAUCGGUUUUAAUAUACAUACAUCAAAUCAUUUGUUUGGGGAAAAAAAUGUUUAUAAUUUGUGGGUUUUUUUUUUGUGGAAAUUGGGAAGGAAAGAAAAAGAAAGAUUGGAAGAAUGAGUUGGAAAGUUGAGGGUUUACUUUUUUUGAUAAUUAAUAUAUGGAGAAAAAAAUAAAUG